GCACCACCUCUUCUUCUGGGUUUUCUGUAGUGUUUGGAUAUAAUAUCGCUGCAAACUUUUAUGACAACAUUUGCAGACUCUCACAUCCUGUUAAUCCUGCAUCCGGGCUGACCUUGAAUACUUUUAUAAAUUUCCCUAAGAUCAAAUCACUGACCUGCCGUGUUUCAUCACGGUCUUUAAGAUGCUUGUCGCUGGCUCAUCUACUCGAAAUCAUUUUCUCAUUUCACUCUAAAUCCGUUUGUAAUGACAAUAGUGUGUAGACUCCUCUGAGUGUAGUUCAAGUGAGGCCAUGUUAUUAUCCAUUUUAAGCACUUGAGUACGAUUUUACUGAGCAAGCAGCCUCAGUUUGGCUCAGACAAAUAUCAAGAGUUUGGGCAGAGAAAUGGAAACUCCACAGUCAAGGACAUUAACAGAUAAAACGUUGGCUAUUCUUCAGAGGACUUGUAUCUGUACAAUUACAUGUGAUGAGGUCAAGGUUCGUGACCUGGAGCAGAAAUGCAGGUCACAGAGUGAACACUUCCACCAACUGUCCAAAGAGCUGCUGAAUUUCCGUUUGCAAUCAGAUACUGUGGACAUCCCUAAAAUUAAUCCCACCUCCACAUCCCAGAUCCCCAUCUCACCAGACAAGAAACUGCCACAAGUCAUCGUUGGAUUUGAAACCCAACCAGAGACAGGCGAUGAGAGCUCGGCAAACGCGCCAUUACUGAUCUCCCAGUUCUUGCCCUGCGAGCCAGAGACUGGAGACAGACAACGACAAGAAGUGCUGUCUGUCAAAUCCAGCACCCGGACAACGGACCACCCCAGCAGCCCUCGACAGCUGACCCCAUCAGAGAUGGAGGAUGAGGCCAGCCCAUCACCCAGGUCCAAGCCUCGCUAUACAGGCCAGGUCCGUCUUUGCACUGCCCGAUACAGUUAUAAUCCUUACGAUGGACCAAACGAGCAUCCUGAAGCAGAACUCCCCCUUGUGGCUGGAAAGUAUCUAUACGUGUAUGGAAACAUGGAUGAUGAUGGCUUCUACGAAGGGGAGCUGCUGGAUGGCCAGCGGGGACUAGUCCCUUCCAACUUCGUGGAGUUUGUCCAGGACAAGGAAAAACCAGCGAUUCAGGCUGGGGAAGGAGGGGAAAACCUGGGCCCACUGGACCAUACACCCCUGGCAGUGAUGGCAGUGGAUGGCGGUGCCUCACAGGAAGGCCUCCUGGGCUCAGCUAAUGCCUUGGUUCCCUGUAGCAAUGGGACAGGGGGGCCCCUUGACCCUGAGGACCUGGCUGAAGAUGUUGUGCCUUAUCCCCGAAAGAUCACCUUGAUCAAGCAGCUGGCACGGAGCGUCAUUGUGGCCUGGGAGCCUCCACUAGUGCCUUUGGGCUGGGGGAACAUCUCUGGCUACAACGUGUUAGUAGACGGGGAACUUCGUGCCAGUAUAGCGUACGGUGGCCGCACCAAGUGUUUGCUGGAGAAACUGGACCUGGACGGCUGCGUUCAUCGCGUGUCUGUGCAGAGCGUCACCGACCGGGGCUUAUCAGACGAGCUGCGGUGCACCUUGCUGGUGGGAGCCAAUGUGGUGGUGGCGCCAUGCGGCUUGCGGGUGGAUGACAUCCAGCGUGACACUGCCGAGCUCUCCUGGUUGCCUAGCAACAGCAACUAUGGCCACACCGUUUUCCUGGAUGGGGUAGAACACGCAGCGGUAAAGCCAGGAAGGUAUAGACUACGCUUCCUCAACCUGAAGCCCCUGACGGUGUACAAAGUGACGGUGGUGGCACAGCCGCACCAGGUGCCAUGGCAACUGCCACUGGAGCAGAGAGAGAGGAAAGAAGCUGGUGUGGAGUUCUGCACUCAGGCUGCAGGCCCUCCCCUGCCUCCCCAGGAUGUACAGGUGCUCUGUGGGCAGGCUCCAGGGGUCCUACAGGUCUGCUGGAAGCCCCCAAUCCUCUCUCCCACAGGCACAUCUAAUGGGGCAAACGUCAUUGGCUACGCAGUAUGCACUAAAGGACAGAGGAUAGCUGAGGUGUUGUACCCGAUGGCAGACUAUGUUACCGUCGAGCUGACAAGGAUUCAGUGCCUGGAGGCCAGGGAAGUCAUCGUCAGGACGCUGUCAGUACAGGGAGAAUCCCAGGACUCCCACGUUGCCGUCAUUCCAAACAACCUGCUUGUGCCUCUACCUCCGCUUCCGCUGCCACCACCAAUGCACCCCCACUCAGGCCCCCCUCCACACCCCCUUGCUCAACCCCACCUCCCAUCCCCUCACCUCCCUCAUGCCACGCCCCAACUUCCUGCUCCCCCCCAGGCACAUGGACAACCACUCCCAUCCCAUCCUCCACACCCUCAACCCCAUCCAAGACUUCCCCAUCCAGGUGGACCCCCACAACCCCAGCUUCGUCCCCCGCAUCCUCAGUCCCAGCCCCUACAUCUCCAGCCCCGCCCACCCCACCAAGGUCCCAGGCCCCAGCACCAACUGCCUCUGCUACCCCACCCCCAACCCCACCCUGUACCUCAGAGACCAGUAAGUGCCAGAGACCUGGAUGCCAGUGAGCAUGUGGCCCGUCACGGGGGAGCUAUUCCACCUGGCCAGCCUGGUUGGGACCCCACGCGCUCUCCCUCUUCCCAGCCUCCUGUGCCCAUGCAAGGCCACACCCUUGAGCCCCCUCCCACUGCCAAUCAACGCUCCCCCUCCCCCCAGAGGAUUCUUCCGCAGCCCCGUGGCACGCUUAUCCCGGACACUGUGGCCAAAGCCAUUGCCCGCGAAGCAGCGCAGAGGGUAGCAGCAGAAAGUGGCAAGGGGGACAGGAGGCAGGGCAGGUACGGAGAGCAGAGUCAUUCAUUUCACCAGCAUCACUCUGAUGAAGAAGAGGAAGAUGAGGAAGGGUUUGCUCGUGGCCGUCGGAGAGGACCCUCAGUUGAUGAGUUCCUCAGAGGAUCUGAGCUGGGGAGGCCGCCUCACUAUAGUCACAAUGAAGAUUAUCACAGCGAAAGCAGCCGGGGCUCUGACCUGUCUGACAUCAUGGAAGAGGAUGAGGAGGAGCUAUACUCUGAGAUGCAGCUGGAAGAGGGACGCCGACGCAACUCGCACAACACACCCAAGACAAACACUCCUGCUGGAGGCGGUCAUGACCGGGAGACCGGGAGAAGAAUUCAUCAUGGCGGUCCCCAACCUCAGAGACGACCUCUAAUGGUCCCUUCCAUUGAUGGAUACAGGGAUCGGGAUCGCCGCUCUCCCACGUAUUAUGAUGAGUCAGAGCCUGAGGAGUCCUUCCGGAUCUUUGUGGCCCUCUUUGACUAUGAUCCCCUGUCCAUGUCCCCUAACCCAGAUGCAGCUGAUGAGGAGCUGCCCUUCAAAGAGGGGCAGAUCAUUAGGGUAUAUGGUGAUAAAGAUACAGAUGGCUUUUACAGAGGAGAAGUGAGGGGCAGGAUGGGGCUGAUCCCCUGUAACAUGGUGUCAGAGAUACGAGCAGAGGACGAGGAGACCAUGGACCAGCUCAUCAAACAGGGCUUCCUGCCACUCAGCACCCCUGUGGACAGAAUAGAGCAGAGCAGAAGAGGCCUCCGUCGAGAUCAGGCCUCGAGGAGGAUGGUGGCUCUGUACGACUACGACCCCCGAGAGAGCUCCCCUAAUGUUGAUGUCGAGGCUGAGCUGACCUUCUGUGCUGGUGACAUCAUCGCUGUGUUUGGAGAUAUCGAUGAAGACGGGUUCUACUAUGGUGAGAUCAACGGCCACCGUGGUCUGGUUCCCUCUAACUUCCUGGAAGAAGUGCCUGAUGACGUGGAAGUGUAUCUGACCGAUACUCCAUCCCACUACCCUCAGGAAGAGCCUGCCAACCGGCCCCCUGCCAACUCUGCCGCCACCGUCUCAGAGGGCAAACGGGUACAUCAUCAUCGCCGCUCUCAGCGCUAGGCCCUGUGUUCAUCCAUCCUCCGUCUUCUCUCUUGAUUUCCGUCUCUUGCUUCCUCCACUUGCCGUCUGUGUGCUCUUCAUUGUGUGUGUUUGUCCGUGUGGUGACAGUGGUGACUCUGUACAAACUAACAAUCCCCCCCUUCCCACCCCUACCCCUUCACCCUUUGGAAAAGGGGACAAAAACCCAGUGUUAACACCUUUUCUGAGUCUCAGAGAAAGGAAGAAGCAAAGCCUGACAUGGACAGAGAGGAGAUAGACUGUGGGAGCUCUGCGGGGUGGUUUAUGCAUGUAGCACUGGUUAAGGAGGACUUGAAAAAGGCUCAACUCAUUCCUAACACAAGAGAAUUUGGUACCUCUUUGCACUGAAACACAAAAUCAAAUUGUGGUUAUUGUGUAUAACAAUAAAAAUAAUAAGUGCUUUAUUAACACAAACAAUUGCUACCCAAUGACACUGAAAUUAUUUGAGAAGAAAACUUCAAAGAUGAAAAAGAGAGAAAAGCAUGCCUUUUUCAAACUUGAUACAUUUUCUAAUAACUUUCUUGGCUCGACUGCUGUAUUUCCUUAAAGAGGCUUUGGUUCUUUAUGUAUAUUGCACACACAUCAAAUCUAUUUUUCAGCCAUGUUGACAGUGGAUAUGCCAUGUUUACUCUGAGCUCGAGAGACAAAACUAACCACAGCACUGAGACAUCAAUACUGUAUUGUUACAAUGGAACAAUAAAAGAAAAAAUUGGAUAUUAAAAACA